GCAUGCGGCACAACAGUGGCCUACGCCAAGUCAUACGCCUUGAGCUUGGCGGCCAACUUCCUCGCCUCCGGCCACAUCGUGCUUGUCAACGUGCUGCCAUGCCUCGCUGACUCGCUCUUCCGCUUCACCAACAGGCUCUCACCACACCUGCAUCCGCUCGUCUUCCCCCUCGUCUCCGCCUCCAUCUGGACCCUCCUCUCGCUGCUCUCCCCCUUUGGUGCCUUAGCCCACCCGUUCUACUCGUUGUGCUCCCUGCUGCCACUCGUGCAAGCCACGGCAUAUGUCGGCAUGGAUGGUGUCCUGCUGCUGGUGGCCUGGCUGGUGGGGGGUAUUCACCAGAUGAUGUUUGAGGGGGAUGCGGUGGUGAGGGGCGAGGACGGCGGAGGGAGAGAGGGAGAAGGAUUCUACCAGCAGCUGGUCGGAGCACCCAUCAUGCCCGCCGUCCCUGUCUCCUGCAUCCUCUUGCAAGCCCCCACCGAAGCCAUCCCUCCAAGGUCUCCGGAAUCGCUCCGCCUGCUUACUGCUGCUGCUAAUGCCUCCACGCCUUUUCCCACGCUCUCCAUGCUGCAGAGGGGAUGCGGGGGAGAAGGGGAGAAGCGGGGGGGCCAGGGAGAGUGUCAACAGGGGCAAAUUGGAGAUGCAGAAGGGGCAGUAUAUGCAGCAGCAGUAGGGGAAGGAGCAACGGGAAGAGCAAAAGCAGCAGACGGGGUAGGAGGAGCAGCAGCACCAGCGAAAGGGACGUGGGAGGAGUGGGAGGCGCGGCGUGUGUCAGGCAUAGCACGGGUGAUGCAGCAGACGCAGCAGAGAGCGAGUGCAGGCGAUGCGCUGAUCCUGUGGUCGGAGGCUACCAUCAUUCUGCUGCACGAUCAUGAGGAGGCCAAGCUCCUGGCUGAUCUCUCUGCCAUCGCCACCACUGCCAGGGCCAACCGCACUGCCGCUGCUGCUGGGGAAGCUGCAGCUCCAUCAAUUCUUGGGCCAUACCUGGGUGCUUCAUAUGUAAAGCUCAUCACCUUCGUCCCUGAGAUCUUCAUCAACACGUUCGUCCUCAUCGACCCCAGCGGCGCCCCCAUCCUGCGCUACAACAAGACGCACCUCUUUCCCUCUGUGGAGGAUGACGUCCUGCCAGGCCCCGGUUCCCUGCCCGUGGUGGACACGGAACUCGGUAGAAUGUCUGUGGCCAUCUGUUUCGACAUGCAGUUCCCUGCGCUGAUCCGCCAGGCUGGCAGACAAGGAGUGGACAUUCUCAUGCAGCCCAGCUGGUCAUGGGGCGCCACAGGCCACUUGUUUUCUGAUGGAGACGCAGUGAGGGCGGCAGAGAAUGGGCUCACUCUUCUGCGCUGUUGCUCCGUUGGGGUGUCAGGGAUUGUCUCUCCUCACUACCGCACCCUUGCUGCACGAGUGGACAUUCUCAUGCAGCCCAGCUGGUCAUGGGGCGCCACAGGCCACUUGUUUUCUGAUGGAGACGCAGUGAGGGCGGCAGAGAAUGGGCUCACUCUUCUGCGCUGUUGCUCCGUUGGGGUGUCAGGGAUUGUCUCUCCUCACUACCGCACCCUUGCUGCACGUGAAGGGCUAGAGUCUGGGACGCUCUCAAUGCACCUGCCCCGCCUGCCCCAUGCCCCAGCGCUCUACCCCUUUAUUGGCCUACCCAUCUCCCUCCUCUUCCUCGUCCUCACCCUCCUUGCAUCAUUCCUUGCCGUUUGCCCCGCCCUUUCGAAAUUCCUUUUUGUCACCCCACCCUGCUCGUUGCUGCCUCACCCUCGCUGCUUGGCUGGGCUGCAGGGGGAGGGGGAGAGGGAAAAGGAAGGGUAG